AGAAAUACGUGAUCAAUGACCGCGCACACGUCUGUGAAAAGACGUUUGGUUACCCUUUUCGUUCAAUGCGUUGUUGAGAGCGGAUCGGUUGUUAGAAUCCGUUGUAAUCUGCAACGUAAAGUAUCGUAAAAUAUUUCCAAGAUGACUGAAACUCUUCAACUAAGGGGUACACUUCGGGGCCAUAAUGGAUGGGUCACGCAAAUUGCAACAAAUCCAAAAUAUCCGGACAUGAUAUUGUCUUCUUCACGUGAUAAAACUCUAAUUGUAUGGAAAUUGACACGCGAUGAAGCCAAUUACGGUAUUCCACAAAAACGCUUGUAUGGUCACUCUCAUUUUAUUAGUGACGUAGUACUAUCUUCUGAUGGUAACUAUGCUCUAUCUGGUUCAUGGGACAAAACAUUGCGUCUCUGGGACUUGGCUGCAGGUCGUACUACACGAAGGUUCGAAGACCAUACCAAGGAUGUUUUAAGCGUGGCCUUCUCUGUGGACAAUCGUCAAAUUGUUUCUGGUUCUCGUGAUAAGACUAUUAAGCUAUGGAACACUUUGGCAGAGUGUAAAUACACUAUUCAAGAUGAUGGACACACAGAUUGGGUCAGUUGUGUACGUUUUUCACCAAACCAUUCAAAUCCAAUUAUCGUUUCGGCAGGUUGGGAUAAAUUGGUAAAGGUCUGGAACUUGACAAACUGCAGGUUGAAGAUUAAUCAUAGUGGACACACUGCAUAUCUUAACACUGUUACCGUGUCCCCUGAUGGUUCACUUUGCGCUUCUGGUGGCAAGGACUGUAAAGCUAUGUUAUGGGACUUGAAUGAUGGAAAACAUCUUCACACGUUAGAUCAUAAUGACAUUAUAACGGCUCUGUGCUUUAGCCCUAAUCGAUAUUGGCUUUGCGCUGCGUUCGGGCCAUGGAUUAAAAUCUGGGAUUUGGAAACCAAAGAAAUGGUUGAAGAAUUGAAACCGGAAGUUGUGUCUGCAACAAGUAAAGCAGAACCACCUCACUGCCUUUCUUUAGCGUGGUCUACUGACGGGCAAACACUAUUCGCUGGAUAUUCCGACAACACUAUACGUGUAUGGCAAGUUUCUGUAUCUAGCCGUUAAGGUCUUUUUACAAAAGUAAAACAAUAAAAAAGGAAAAAGAUAUUAAAUGUGAA